UGUUUUUCUACAUUCAAGGAGCGGGGCCGCGUUUGGCGAACUUCUGAUCACGAGGUGACACAAUGACAAACACCAAAGGUUAUCGUCGAGGCACAAGAUACUUAUUCUCUCGAAAAUUCAGGCACCAUGGACCUCUGCCGUCUUCGGUUUAUAUGCGAGUGUAUCGACGUGGUGAUAUCGUAGAUAUAAAGGGUGAUGGUGGUGUCCAAAAGGGUAUGCCCCACAAGUCAUAUCAUGGUCGAACUGGUCGCGUCUAUAACGUCACUCCACAUGCUGUUGGAAUAAUCGUCAAUAAACGUGUCGGUAAUCGUAUAAUUCCUAAACGAAUAAAUGUAAGGAUUGAACUAUAUUUCAAUAAAAAAAAUGUGAUUGAUCGUUUACAAGAUAGAAUUUUCUAGUCAUUACUUUUAUUCCUGAGUAUUUAAUUCAUAUCACUUUUUAAGCUUGUAAAUCAGAAUUUUGCUACCCAGUGUAUGGUAUUCCGUCUAUAUCCAGUAAUACGUC